GACAGUCUUGUACACGACUAUUUAAAUGGCUCUUGAAGCCCACUUCUAGUCAGGAAUAAUUCAAUCCAGUUUCUUUACAUUUCACAGACACAUACGAGAUAAGUUCUGACAGUUAAAGCUCAAAGUUGACAUCCUGCCUUGACUUCCCCUCAAGAUUCAUAGGCUUAGAUACGUCCAACCUUCGCCAGAACAAAUUUCGCCUCCUAUCCAGCCAACUCACCAGUAUCUUAUCAGCUCGUUCUUGUGAAGACUUAUUCCAAAGCUUCUUUCCACACCUCCACAAUGGCAGUCUCAACUACAUUGACCCAAACCAUCACUUCACCUGCAGUAACCAAUUAUAGGCCUCUGGUAUUUCAAAAGCACCUCUACCCACUCCAGCUAAGUGGGAGCCUAUCACGCUACCAGCAGAGGGAGCUUACUCCCUUAGUAGGCACAGCCUUCGACGACCUCGACCUUGCCAAGAUUCUGCAAUCAGGGGGGCAGGAAUCUGACGCUAUAAUCCGCGACUUGGCCAUCACUAUCUCACAACGUGGCGUAUGUGUCUUCCCUGGACAGAAGAACUUGACAGUUGCCGAUCAGAAAUUGCUCUGCCAUCGACUCGGCCAAUUGACGACUCGUCCAUACACUUCAGGUUUGAACAUUCACCCAUUGAACCAGACGGAACUACCAGAUGGAACGAUUGAUGCCGAGUUGACGACAUUGGCACGCGACCCCAAGAAGAAGCUCGUUCAACAAGCUGGCUUCGGCAAGAAGGAGAAGAAGCAAUCCCACUCAGAUGGAUGGCACACGGACUGUAGCUACGAGAACAUACCCGCUGACUACACUAUGCUACACAUGAAAGUAACUCCUGCGUCAGGAGGCGACACCCUUUUCGCCUCUGCAUACGAAGCCUACGAUCUGCUCUCGCCUUCCAUGGCGAAGAUGCUAGAAAGAUGCCAGGCAACUUUCAUGCCACCCGGCCAUCGUCCCGAAAACAUCGUCGAUCGCAUGUGGAAAGGGCCACGAGGUGCCCCCGAGAACGUUGGUCCUGAACUGCGAGCAACCCACCCCGCCGUACGCACGAAUCCCGUGACAGGAUGGAAGAGUCUUUAUGCGAUGGGUCACCAUCUCGAGGCUAUUGAAGGUCUGGGUGAUCUUGAGAACCGCAUGGUUUUGGAGCUACUGGAGCGCUUGCUCGUCGAUAACCACCAGCUGCAACUUCGUGUGAAGUGGGAGGCUGAUGACCUUGUCAUCUGGGAUAACCGGGCGGUAUACCAUUGCGCUACUUUUGACUACACGGCUAAGCGGGUGGGAAAUCGUAUCUGUGGGUGUGGCGAGAAGCCUUACCUCGAUCCACGGUCCUCGGGACGAAGAUAUGCCCUAGGACUGAACUGAUUGCAGUUAUCGGGUGUCAUAGAAGUCCGUGAGCUAUAGAAGUGAUUUAUACGAAGGAUGGAGUUAUGAAACACAUCAAGAUGUGGCUGUACUUUUCUUUAUAUACAUGAGUUCUAGUCAGUUAAAUAUUACACUCUUUGAGAAUUUACA